GUCGGUAAGACCAUAAGAGGUGGCUUCUUCAACGUCCCGAUGUCUUUGAAUGUCGUUAACCAGAUUAUAUCACAAUUGACAAGCCAUGGAACAUUUAACCAGGUUUUCAGAGGAAUCCAAGCUGUUUCAGUAACAGAUAAUUGCCUGACAUGUAGGUUCAAAGUUACGAAUUCUGAAGCCAAUUCACUAAACACUUUACAUGGUGGAUACAUCCUUGGGGCUAUCGACUUUAUAACUUCUGUCGAUCUGAUGAGAUUAGGGUGUAUGAAGCACGUCAGCGUUAAUCUUGAAGCAUCAUUUAUAAACCCAGGAAAAUUGGACUCAUGGAUUAGGUCAGAUUCAUAUGUACUAAAGAAAGGGAAGCGUAUGGCCUUCUGUGAAAUCAAAUUCGUGAACGAACAGUCAGGAGAACUAGUUGCACGUGGGACUCACACGAAAUACAUAAUAGACGAGAUGAACCUAUCUCCUAAGAAGUAGUAUUGUUAAUCUCUCGUUUCUUCGAUCCUUCUUUUGCUUUAUGAUAUGUCACGGUUUGUUAGAAUAAAUAAGUUGGAUGUUUGCUUCUUCAGUCGAACUUUUACAUAGCUGGUUGGUUGUACACUUAUAAGUCAAGUUGUUAUCAUUCAUAAUACGUCAAAGCCUAUCUUUUGCUGUUAAACUCAGCAUCUACAUUUUACUCAUAAAAGGGAAUUUAUAUUAACCAUUCUCAUAAUAAGCAUCACGCAUAUUUCACUUUUAUAAAAGUGUUGAUAUAUACGUAUUUUUACGCAUCCACCCCGAGUCCAGAUAUGGCAAAAGCAUAACUAUAAUUUUUGUAUUUACAGGAAUUACUGAUGUAUGUGAGAUGGUUUCUUAUUACAGAGGCGAAAUUCUGGUUAUGUUUUGUACCCGGUGAGUGUAAAAUGAUACGAAGGACUGGUCCGCUCAUAUACUUAGCUUGAUGAUAGAAAAUAAACCUGUUGAAUA